AUGGCUGCCCUUUUCCCUCGAUACUACUGCGGCUACGGCUACAGUAAUGACUGCAGAGGCUCCUCCUGGAAUGAAUGGGGUCGCUGGGUCGCCUUUGCCGUCAUUGUCGGUGUAGCCUUUAUUAUAUUCUUCGGCUUCGCGUGCUUCAAUGCCCGUCGUCGUCGCCGUCACGGCGCCCGCCCUAUCACCGGAACCGGCUGGAUGGCGCCGCCGCCUGGUCCUCCGCCGCCAGGCCAGCCCCAGUACCAGCAGCCCUACUACGGAGACCCGUACUACCAGGCGCAACCGCCGCCCCAGUACUCCGCGAACCCGCAAUCCUACGGCUACUUUGGUGCCGCGCCGCAGCAGCCCCCGCAGCCACAGGGCAUCGAAUUGCAGUCGCCGCCGAAUGCCUACGCGCAGGGUGCUCAUCCCUAUGCGCCGCCACCGGGUCCGCCUCCGAACAACAAGGCAUGA